UGACAAAUGUAAGUACCUACCUACAUACAAAAAUGUUAGUAGAUGGCUGGUUAGCUAUAUCGUUGGUAUGUAUUCAUUUGUUAAAAAUGGCGUGAUGGUCGUGCAUUUCUCGAAACGUAAGGAUUUUCAAGUUUGCAGUUUUCAAGAUUUCCUUGUGUCAAAAUGGCUGGUAAUAAAAUAAACACUAAGAAAAAGGAUGAAAAAAGUAAGAUAAACAGAAUAAGCAGUCGAGCAACAGAUGAAAAUGAAGAAACUGAUUUCUCAUUACUUAGAAAACCUAUACUGACAAAUAUAACUGGUUUUGCACAGGCAAGAAAAAUUUUUGAUCAAGCAACUGAGGAGCUCAAAAAUUUGCUAAGCAAUGAAUGUGAUCUUUUAUAUGAAUGCAAGGUGUGCCGGAAUAUAUUCAGAAGCUUAGCAAAUUUUAUAUCACAUAAACGUGUGUAUUGCAAAGAGAAAUUCAAGAAUUCUAUUCAUGGGCACUUUUUUAAAGAAACAAGUACUAUACAAGAGGUAUUAAAAAUAAGGAAGUUAGAAGAAAGUUACCAGGAAUAUAUAAAAGAAACAAAAAAUUUGAACUGCUCAGAAGAUGAGGCCAGUGAUGAAAGGAUUCCAAUGACUAAAGAUAUAACUGAAGUAGUAGAAAGAAUAAUUAGACAUAAAGGCGUGCAAGGAGAAAAACUAAAAGAACAACAAUUGGCGUUUCAGAAAAUACCAAAAAGUUCAGUUGCUAUGUAUCAAAAUGUUGUUAAUGAUGAUACCAGCAAUGAUAGUAUGCAAGUCCAAGUGAAAGAGUUGGAUAAUAUACUAUAUCAAGAAAAUGCAGUUCUACAAAGUGAUGGAACAUUUAAAGUACAAAGUAACAAUGAUGAGUCGUCAAAUAUGGAUAAUGUUAUACAAAUAAGUGAUGAUGAAGAGAAUGAGGAUAAGGAUAAGCUCAAAUGUAAAAUAUGCGAUCAACAGUUUUCGACUCAGAAAACACUAAAAUUCCACAUGAAGUACAAACAUGUAGAAAGUCGGCUUGUCUACCCAUGUCCAGAUUGCUUAGAUAUAUUUUCAACUUCUUGGAGUGUUUACCGGCAUUUAUUUAAAGUUCAUAGAAAAACAGCAGCUCAAAUUCGAAGAUUACGAGAGUCGAUACAAGCAAAAGCAUUUAAAAUGAACAAUCCACCUGCUUACUAUGAAAAGCGGAAGACUGUUUCAAAAAAUGUUGUACCACAGAAAAUAACUGAGGAAGAAAGGCUUGACCAAGAAAAUCAGGCGUGGCUGGAGCAGCUGGACGGCGAGGGCGACGGGCGGCGCUGCGGCGGCUGCGGGCGCAACUUCGAGCGCCGCGCCGCGCUGGCCGCGCACGCGCACACGUGCGCGCGCCGCCACCGCCGCCGCAUCCAGAUCCAGAUCCGCCGCGACUACCACAAGGCGCAGCACAACCCCUACCUGCCGUCGCCCGCCGUACGCGCGCCGCACGCGCCGUCUGCCGAUACUGCUCCAAUUGACGAUUCUACAACUGUUGUUGAAGAUUCGGCAAGUGUUGUUGAAGAUAGUCCGAACAAGGAAAAUGUUGUAGGUAAAAAGAUAAAAGAUGAAGACGAAGGAAAAGUGUUAACUGAAGCAGUAAUUACUCCCAUAGACAAAAAAAAGGAACCCAGUAUAGAAGAUACAGAAAUAGAAGCUGAUGAUAAAACAGAAAUUAAUGAUAAAGUAAAAACUGAUGAUAAAAUAGAAAGCGAUGAUAAAAUAGAAGAUGAAGAUACUGUUGUUCAAAAUAAACCAUACUUUUUUAACAGUACACUUAUUAACAAAUUGCCCUUCGCCCAACAAGUGGAAAAAAGCAAUCUAAAUGCAUUCAAACAAAAAAUGCAAACUGAUAUAAAUAUAGAUCAAAUGCUAUGCAAAAAAUGUGAUACUACAUUUAAUGAAUUUAAUGAACUAUUCAAUCAUAUGGGCGGACAUUAUAAGUGGGUCCGUUAUGCAUGUAAAUUAUGUAAUUUUAAGCAUUUCGAUUUCGAUAAGCUUCCAGAACAUGUGAAAAUUGUACAUAAACUUAAAGGUGAUACUGAUUUCUACUACAGCACUGUAAAAGCCGUAGAUGGAAUUGAAGCCUUAGAACUCGCGGAUACAUCAGAUGAAGUAAAUGAUGCAAAUGAAAUUAAUCCCGAUUCAAGACGGCCCAGUAGGUGUUCUAGUGACUCAAGUCGAUUAUCCGAUGAUAGUUCCUCUAGCAGUACUCGAGUGGAAUCAGGAUCGCGAAAACGAAAAGCUAGUCGAUACAAAAAUAACUUGAAGAAGAAAAAAGAAGCUUUAGUUGCAGAUGAGGGCGAUGAUCCUAAAGAAGACGAUAACCAAAGAGACGUUGUUUUCAUCGAAAAUGAUUCAUCAUCGAAUUCUAAACUAUUCGAAGAAAACUCUUCAGAUCUAGAUGACGUUGAUGAGAAAAUAAAACGUCACCAAGUAGAAUUACCUACAACUGUUGCUUCUCGUAGGCCCGUUCGGAAUAAAACAAAACGCAAAAAUGAAGAUUUUGAAUACGAUUUAUCUAAUCUCUUAAAAAUGGAAGCGCAAGGAUAUCGCGACUCUCAAACGGUAUUAACUAAAUCAACUCCGAAUAAAAAGAAAAUGCAGCAAGAUAUUCAAAGUAAUUAUGAUCUUCUAAAUAAAGACUGUUGUGGUGCAUUAGUAACGUUAUCUCGCAAGUCAGUAGAAAAUGCACAGGGUCAUAUGAAGAAUCUCGCUUUAUUUAAUAUUUCUAAAGAAUCGCGAAUAUCAGCCGUAUUUGCUCGACCACUGACACCAAAAAUUACACGUGCCGAUAAAGUAUCGCCAAAAAAAGAAGACAAGGAAUCAAAAGAUACUUGUAGCCCUAAUAAAGUAGUAGAAACAUCUAAUCUUAACUCUAGUAGCCCUAAUAAAGUAGUAGAAACGUCUAACUUUCCUAACUUCAAUAAAAAUCCGAUAAAUAGUAAGCUUGCUUGUAUGGACACGGUUAAUAAAGAAUGUAGUAUAGCGCCUGAGAUAGAAAUGAGUAAAGAUACUCCAGAUAAAUCAGCCCUCCAGGCCGAUGACAAAACGAUAGUGAAUUCUAACAAAGAAGAAGUGAAAGAAGUACCUGUGGACACAGUCAAACUUACAGCAGCGCCUUCAUUAGAAACAUCCAAAACAAACAAAAAUUUGCCUGUAGUGCCGAUAAAAUUUCGCCAAAGCUUAGAAGUUAUUAAAAAUCCAUUAAUCAAGAAAAAUAUAACAGACUUUACAAAGGCUGGUAUGAAAACAAAAAUUUUAGUCAUAAAACCAAUAAAUAGGAAUGCAGAUGGAACUCAAUCUAUUAAUUCUGCACUUAAAUUUCAAACUAUUAAAUUGAAAGAUCCCAACAAGAGCAGUUUAAAUGAAGAUAAGAAAGAUCAAGUUGUAGUAGUCCAAGUACCAAAAGUUGAUUGUACUCUAGGUAGGCCAAUAUCAAGCCACAGUGUUGUCAGUAACGUAAAACAAUGUUCUACCGAUGGUACCAAAAAUUCUGAAAAAGUAGAUGAAAAUGUUCCGAUGGACACAACUUCAAAUGAAAAUGAUCCGAUAGGAGUAGAAGACUGUGCAGAUGCUCAAGUAUCUUCAAAGAAACCUAAAAGUGAAAUAACUUCUGAUUCUAGAGAAUCUGUUAUUCAAACGCCUGAAACUGUUGUAAAUUUAAAUAAGCCUACAAAUAUAGAAGGAUAAGUGCUUAUGUUCACAAAAGUAUUAUUUUGUUUUUGAGAAGAAUACUGUUAUGUUUAUACUUGUACAGUUCUUAAUAUUGUAAGUCUAGGUAGGAAAAAUAAACUUUAAGAUGCCAUGCCUCAAUUA